GUGGCGGACGCGCUGAAGGCCGGGAAGAGGGUGGAGCCUGAGAGGAAGGAGAGCGUGACGAUCUUCUUCUCUGACAUCGUCGGCUUCACCACCAUCAGCUCCUCCCUCGACCCUCAGAAAGUAUCUGAGAUGCUUCACAACCUCUACAUGUCCUUCGAUGAGCUUUCCAAAGAAUAUGGGGUCUUCAAGGUGGAAACCGUCGGGGACGCGUACAUGGCGGUGACGAACCUAGUGGAGGAUCAGAGCUCGGACCACACCCUCCGCAUCGCCUCCUUCUCCCUCAAGGCCAUCGAGCUCGCUCACCGCAUCCCCAUCGACCGGGAGGACGCGAGCAGGGGCUUCCUCAACCUCCGCGUCGGCUUUCACUCCGGCCCAGUCGUUGCCAGCGUGGUAGGAGCGAGGAACCCGCGCUACUGUCUGUUCGGAGACACGGUGAACACAGCCUCCAGGAUGGAGUCC